CUGCAGUCUGUUACCUUCAAAAGAGAGAAAGUGUCUGCCAUCGUUUUUUCUGAAGCUGUGUAAUUCAUGUGUAUGUAUCUCUUUUCACAUUUACAUUUAGUCUCUAGGUAGACACUUUUAAUAUUAAGUAACUUCCAAAUGAUGUGCAAUUUUAGCAAAUGGCCAAUAAGUAUAAAUAUAUCAAAAUAUGUAUGUUUGCUGGUAUUGCAGAAAUGACUGAGGAGAGGGAUGUUGAAACUUUUUUUUCUAACAUGACAGGAGACGUUCAAAGGAUCCAAUCUAACAAAAGAGGGAACACUGAGCAAAAAAAGAACAAAGAGAGCUGUCAUAAACGCCCCAAGUGCAAAAAGACUUUAUACCAGGAAUUACAUCAGCGACUGGACACCAGGGAGAAACAACAUGAAUGCUCCCAGUGUUUCAAAACAUUUGAUAGCCUUUCCUCUCUUGCAAUUCAUCAACGAAUACACACAGGAGAAAAGCCCCAUCAUUGCCGUACAUGUGGGAAGGCCUUUAGUCAAUUGUCUGAUCUAAAGAAACACCAGAAGAUCCAUACUGGAGAAAAGCCACACCAGUGCAAUACAUGUGGGAAGGCCUUUAGUCAAUUGUCUGUUCUAAAGAAACACCGGAAGAUCCAUACUGGAGGAAAGCCACACCAGUGCAAUACAUGUGGGAAGGCCUUUAGUCAAUUGUCUGAUCUAAAGAAACACCAGAAGAUCCAUACUGGAGAAAAGCCACACCAGUGCAAUACAUGUGGGAAGUCCUUUAGUCAAUUGGGUAAUCUCAAAACACACCAGAAGAUCCAUACUGGGGAAAAGCAACACCAGUGCUCUACAUGUGGGAAGGCCUUUAGUCAAUUGUCUGCUCUCAAGACACACCAGAGGAUCCAUACUGGAGAAAAGCCACACCAGUGCAAUACAUGUGGGAAGUCCUUUAGUCAAUCGUCUGGUCUCAAGACACACCAGAGGAUCCAUACUGGGGGAAAGCCACACCAGUGCUCUACAUGUGGGAAGGCCUUUAGUCAAUUGUCUGCUCUCAAGACACACCAGAGGAUCCAUACUGGAGAAAAGCCACACCAGUGCAAUACAUGUGGGAAGUCCUUUAGUCAAUCGUCUGGUCUCAAGACACACCAGAGGAUCCAUACUGGGGAAAAGCCACACCAGUGCAGUACAUGUGGGAUGGCCUUCACUCAAAUGUCUACCCUCAAUACACACCAGAAGAUCCACACAGUGGAAAAGCCACACCAGUGCAGUACAUGUGGAAAGGCCUUUAGUCAAUUGUCUGAUCUCAAGAAACACCAGAGGAUCCAUACUGGGGAAAAGCCACACCAGUGCAGUACAUGUGUGAAGGCCUUUAGUAACUUGUCUGAUCUCAAGAAACACCAGAGGAUCCAUACUGGGGAAAAGCCACACCAGUGCAGUACAUGUGGGAAGGCCUUUAGUCAAUUGUGUUCUCUCAAGACACACCAGAGGAUCCAUACUGGGGAAAAGCCACAUCAGUGCAGUACAUGUGGGAAGGCCUUUAGUCAAAUGUCUGCUCUCAAGACACACAUGAGGAUCCAUACUGGGGAAAAGCCACAUCAGUGUAGAAAGGCCUUCAAUGGCACAUCUGACGUCAAAGCACACAUGAGGAUCCAUACUGGGGAAAAGCCACAUCAUUGUUCUCAAUGUAGAAAGGCCUUUAGCCAAAUGUCGAAUCUCAAGAAACACCUGAGGAUCCAUUCAAACUAUGUGAUGCCCUGCUAACACAUGAUGGAGUAUCACUUACAGAAAUAAUUCUUGAUUAGCUGAGUUUUAAACAAUGUUUGAUGUAGAAGAUGAAAUAUUAUUUGAUCAUAUUUGAAAUGUGUGUUGGGUUGGAGAUUGAAGCAUAAAUCGUAAGGGUACAUGAAUUGAAUAAAAAAAAAAAAAUUGAAGUGAGGGUUUUUUCAAGUAUGUUUGUGAGUCGUCCGUGGGUGUACAAUAUGUAAUCGGCAAACAGCAGUUAGCGCUUGUACAAGAAAAAGUAGUGUAUGUGCAUGCAAGCUUUCUAGAUAUAUGGCCUAAACAGCACCUCAUGUGAAGGCUGUAGGCUUGUCAACAGCUCAAAGAUGUUUUAGUGUCAGAGAUGGGGGUACUCAAAUGUCUCUCCAUUCCUCAUUAAAGGGAACUCUGUAUUUCUUCUGUUAAACAUUCUCAAGUCAAAUGUGAAAGAGAGUCAGAAGGAACUGUUGUGAUGAUCCGACUUCUGACAUGGCCUUUGUGGCACGGUGGCUCAGUUGCUUGCACUGCCGCCUCACAGCAAGAAGGUCAUGGGUUCGAC